UACUAUCCGCAUAACGUUAAAUAUCGUAUUGUGAUCCGCUGACUAAGGUAUGUACACAUAUUAUUUAUUUCUAAGACGAAAUAUAGUGGUCCUUGUGUAUUUCUGACAAUAUUUCUGUGCAAUAAGACGAAUAUGGCAAAAAGUGAACAACAUAACCUCACCAACCGGCCGUGUCGCCCUUUGUUUACGUCUGAAAUCAAUGUUUUAUGAAGUGACAAGCCAAAGAAAUUACUUUUGUUGGUUUUAAAUGUUAUUAGAAACUGUCAGAAAGUGUCACUUGUCUGUAUUUCUCAUUGAGAUUGAAAUUAUGUCAAUACCCUUCGAUGACACCUGCUCCGAUACCUAGACCCACAACACUCCAGUCUCCUGUGCUUUUACACCACUCAUUUUACUUCAUUUCUUUGCAGUUGCUUGAAUAAAAUAAUGGAACCCAAGGGCAUCCCCAGUCUGGGUGGUAAUGGCUUAAGCCAACUGAGCGUCUCGCUGCAGGUUCUCAUGAAUAUUUCUGACAUUCCCAAUUUAUUAAAUAGGCACAUUGAAGAAUGCACGAGAGCGGAAUGCCUCUUGUGCAGUUUCGGAAAAUUGUUAAAGUCUCUUGUAAGUGAUGACAAGGAAACUUUGAUGGCUCUGCUGAAGGAAUUAUAUGAAGAGUGCUGUGGUGAUGCAGUGAAUGAUGUCUUUGAUUUCUUUGCUCUCCUUCUCUCCAAACUUCAAGAUGCGCAAAGGACGGUGUCUGGAACUGGGAAGGAGUCAAAAGUUGAGGAGUUAUUCGGCGGCUCACAAACAGUUACUGGAACCUGUCUGAAUUGUGAAUUCAGUGAAACUCAUUUAGAACCUUUUCAUGUGUUGGAAAUACCUCUAGAAAAAGAGGUGGAGACUGUGCAAGAGGCCUUAGAGAGUUAUUUAAUAGGAACCGUUGAGAAAUCUAGAUGUCCAGAAUGCCACCAGAAUGAGGCUGUGUACUGUGCUGAGCUUAGUGAAACCCCUCCUGUCUUAUGUCUGCACUUUUUACGCCCAACUGAACUUAAUGAGGGGAAUGAGCAAAGAGUGGUGACCAUUAGUGAUAAACUAUCUGUAUCAAAUGUAAAUUAUCAACUGUCUUCUGUUGUUCAUUCUGAAAGUAACCGUCAACCAACCCACUAUACCUGUGUAUUGAAAUGUAAAACUGGUUCCUUGGUGCAGUGCAACGAUGCAAGAGUGAAGAAUGGGUCAUUCCAUAUAAGAUUUACACGGAUCUUGGCGACCAUUGACGAUUUCGACCAAAUUUGGCACGAAGGUAGCCCUAGGGGUCAGGAACAUGCCCAUAAAUUUUUAGGUCGAUAUCUCAAGUGCUAUUCCGACGUAAAAUGCGACGAGGAAUCCGAAUCUGCCCUCAGAUUUGGUCUAGCGUGA